CCAACUUCAUCUUUCUGUUUCCUUUUCUUCUUCAGCUUGUGCUUAUUGCCUGAUAAAAAAGGAAGAGCGAGAAAGCGGCAGAAGAAGGUGAAAAGAAAAGGACGCUAGAUACCUGUACCUAGGUACGGUUCCGGGCAGGUUUGAGACACCCAUCUCUCACGUAAGUCAUGCCGGAUGUGAUAUCUUCUCAGUAGGAAUAUCGUGUGUGAGAAGGUGAAAAUCACGGACCAGAUUCUUGGGAGUCUUUGUAACAGAUGCGGAUCCUUUGUUGCACCUGGCAGAUGUGGCGAUGCGCAAAUGCGCAACAGCACGUUUGGGGGCCGUGGGACCACACGCGUCCGCAAAAUCCGAGCUGGCUCAGCCUUCAGGUAGGUCGUGUAACCAAACGCCAGGGCACAGGUGACAGAGUUAUUUUGGGGCGCGGUUCUAAGGUACACAAGCGUCGUCGUGUGGGUGGCACUUCUGGAGGUUCUGGUUCUGGUCUUCUGGAUGGCGCACGCACAUGUGGCAAAUGUAGGAUGCCAGGUGACCGCCGUGUCGCCUCCAUGUUUGAUGUCCACUAGGUGCUUAAGGAGUCGGAAUUUGCCGCCCCAAAGGACAUCGAUGCAGGAUGUUGAAAUUCGUCGUCUGAUUUUGGCGUUGUUGCCU